AUUAUCUCUUUUACGAGCACGGAAAAUGAAAGUAGUCUACAGAAUCAGAAUCUCGCGCAUACUUUGAUUCGCUCACCCGCGUCUUUAUUAAGCCACAUCUUCACUAUUAUAUAUUCGCUUCUCCCGCUUAUUCCUUGUCUAUAUUUACAUCACCCUACCCUUACAUUGAGUGGCUUCUUUUGCCUUUUCUUUCUCCUUCUCUUUCAAAUAUGGCGGAAACUGCCUCGGAUUUGCCUAUCAAGAGACCUAGAGAUGAUGAACAAGAGAUUAACGGUUCCGUUUCCAUGGAGACUGAGUCUAAUUCUAUCUCCUCUGUUAUUCCUGGCUGGUUCUCUGAGAUCAGCUCAAUGUGGCCUGGUGAGGCACAUUCCUUGAAGGUUGAAAAAAUCUUAUUUCAGGGGAAAUCUGAUUUUCAGAAUGUCAUGGUCUUCCAGUCUUCAACAUAUGGAAAGGUUCUGGUUUUGGAUGGGGUGAUUCAGCUUACUGAGAGGGAUGAAUGUGCAUACCAAGAAAUGAUCACUCACCUUCCACUUUGCUCAAUUCCAAACCCAAAAAAGGUUCUGGUUAUUGGUGGAGGAGAUGGUGGAGUGUUACGGGAAGUGGCUCGCCAUUCAUCUGUUGAGCAGAUUGAUAUCUGUGAAAUCGAUAAAAUGGUUGUUGAUGUCUCUAAACAAUUUUUCCCUGAUGUAGCUGUUGGGUUUGAGGAUCCCCGUGUGAAACUUCAUAUCGGUGAUGGAGUUGCCUUUUUGAAGUCUGUUUCUGCUGGAACUUAUGAUGCAAUCAUAGUGGAUUCAUCGGACCCAAUAGGUCCAGCACAAGAGCUCUUUGAGAAGCCAUUUUUCGAGUCUGUAGCAAAGGCUCUUCGUCCUGGUGGAGUUGUGAGUACUCAGGCAGAGAGCAUAUGGCUCCACAUGCACAUUAUCGAGGACAUUGUAUCAAACUGCCGUCAUAUUUUCAAAGGCUCAGUCAAUUAUGCAUGGACCACAGUUCCCACAUAUCCAAGUGGGGUGAUUGGUUUCAUGCUUUGCUCAACUGAGGGACCCUCUGUUGAUUUCAAGCACCCAGUGAACCCAAUAGAUGCAGAUAACAGUCACAGCAAAUCAAGAAGACCCUUGAAAUUUUACAACUCAGAGAUUCAUACAGCAGCAUUCUGUUUGCCAACUUUUGCGAAGAAAGUGAUUGACUCAAAAUGAGGAGGAAAUCUGCAGUAGCAUUGGAAGAGUCAGCUUCUUCUUGACUUUCCAGCUCUAGCCUCAUAGAAAUUUAUCCAUUUUGCCGUGAGUAAUGGAAUGAGCUGAGGUUUCAAUUAAUGUCUUGAGUAUGUUUGAUUGGGUAGAGUUAGGAUAUUAUUGUUGGUGAAUUUUAUUAGUGCUAUAGACUUUCUAUUUGAUAAAGAAAUGGCUGUUCUUCAAUGCAUUUUUGAAUUGCAUUCACAUAUAUAUAUGGGCUUCUUCCUUUUCUUGACA